UAGUCUCCCCCAUCCUUUGUGAAAACCUCAGGGCAUCAGUCGUCAGCAUUCAGUCUGUUGAAGUGGCUAUUGAACCAUGCCCCAGCCCGGGCCCCAGGACAGCUGACGCCACAGAGAGGAGCACAUCUUUGGGAAAUAAGGCCUUGGCAAAACAGACUUUAUGUAUUGUGAUUUUUUCUACUGCAGGACAGAAGGAGUGAGUGGAGGGGAGCACCUGAGAAGACUGGGGCAAAGAGUCAGAGAGAUGAGUCCUGAGCCGUGCAGCUCGGUGAAGACACAACACGAUACACACCUGAAACUAAAACUGAAGGAAACACAACCGCACUACUGGUAACAAAAGAAAGGGAGGGCUGGGGGGACCUGGAGGGAGCACCAGUAGCUGUCAAUCUAUCCUUAUAACCAGCCAGCGGCAAUGCAGGGGCUGAUGUGGAGCCUCUGCACCCUGCUCUUCCUCUCCCUUUGGGAGGAAAGUCACUGCAGGAGCUCCAGGGAAGCCCGGAGGACCAAAGAGCUUUCUCUCCACAGGAGUAAAAGAGCCCCCAUUGAUCCCGAUGCUAAAAAGUGUUCCUACACCUUCCUUGUUCCUGAGCAGAGAAUCACAGGUCCAAUCUGUGCCAGCACCACAGGCCCCGAGCCAGACAAGGACAGAGUGACCCGAAUGGACAUUUCGGAUGUGCGGGAGGUGCUUAGCAAACAGCGGCGUGAGAUUGAGACACUGCAGCUGGUGGUGGAUGUAGAUGGUAAUUUGGUGAAUGAGAUGAAGCUGCUGCGGAAAGAGAGCAGGAACAUGAACUCCAGGGUGACCCAGCUCUACAUGCAGCUGCUGCAUGAGAUCAUCAGGAAAAGAGACAACUCUCUGGAACUGGCCCAGCUGGAGAACCGCAUCCUCAAUGUGACUUCUGAGAUGAUGCGACUGGCUUCGAGGUACAAGGAACUGGAGGCCAGGUUUGCCACAAUGGCCGGGGUGGUCAACAACCAGUCUGUUCUCAUCUCGGCACUGGAGGAGCAGUGUCUGAGGACACUGGGACGCAGUGAGCUGCCUGUAGUUCCUCCACUGGUACAGGUGGUACCGCAGAAUCUACCAGUUAACAACCGUUUCACCAACGAGAUACAACGGGACAAUAACAACCGGGCCUUUCCCAGAGGUUCACACAUGGACUCUCCCACUGCAAGCCCAUUUGGGAUUGACCCUCCACCACCGCAGGGAACACUUACCUCUGAUGGACCUUUUAAAGACUGCUACCAGGUGCGACAGGCAGGCUACACCACCAGUGGUAUGUACCUGCUUAAAACAGAUGCCAGUGAUCGGCUGAUCCAAGCCUGGUGUGAACAUGGCCUUGAUAAUGGAGGAUGGACAGUGUUGCAAAGGAGGAGAGAUGGCUCUGUUAACUUCUUUCGGAACUGGGAGAACUACAAGAGAGGAUUUGGAAACAUAGAUGGUGAACACUGGCUUGGGUUGGACAAUAUUUACAACCUGGGGAAACAGGGCGACUAUAAGCUGAUGAUAGAGCUGGAGGACUGGACGUUGAAGAAAGUGUAUGCCGAGUACAGCAGCUUCCACCUGGAGUCAGAGAGCGAGGGUUAUCGGCUGAGGCUCGGCACCUACCAGGGCAACGCCGGGGACUCGUUCAGCAGUCACAACGGCAAACAGUUCACCACACUUGAUCGCGACAAGGAUGCAUUUACUGGUAAUUGCGCCCACUUCCAUAAGGGUGGCUGGUGGUAUAAUGCUUGUGGCCAGACCAACCUGAACGGUGUAUGGUACAGCGGGGGAGUUUACCGCAGCAAAUUUCAGGACGGAAUCUUCUGGGCAGAGUACGGAGGAGGUUUCUACUCCCUCAAGUCAGUCCGCCUCAUGAUCCGACCGAUCGACUGAAACAUUGGACUUAGUUCCCUUCAAAUGCACGUCCGUUUCCUUCCUUAUCUUUAUCUACCCAUACACAAAGUCUCCAAAAGUCAAAACCAGGAGUCCCUGCCAUUAUACAAGAGGGCCUUGUAAAAUACAAAGGAGGAAGAGACGGUGGCAUGCGUUUAUGGCCAGACAAUAAUGACUCCAGCAGUCUAAGCAGUGAAAUUGCUUCCAAGGUGACUUUGAGAUGAAGACUGCUAUUGCUCUUCUGUAGUAAUUGUUCUCCACUUUUCAGUCUGGAAAGUAGUGGUCAAUCAAGCGCCCUGGGACCAUUAAGUAUUACUUCAAAGUGUCCUGCUUUACUCACUCUUGUUGAAACUCAGUAUGUUAUAAUGGGAAAUGGUCAUUUAA